AUGGACCGUUCCUCUCCAAAAAAGUGUCUGCGUGACUCAUUGCGCCAAGCUUUGCACCGUAGGGAACUCAGAUCAGUGCGUCGAAGACUUACGGUUCUGCCUCAAUCGUCGGUAGACUUUUCGUCGAAUGAUUUUCUGUCAUUGUCAACGUCGCCACUUUUCCGUGCCCGUCUUCUGAACCAUCUUCAGCAGGCGUCACCAUUGUACCCAUUUGCGAGUGGUGGGUCCCGGCUCCUGGAUGGGAAUUCUACCUACGCAGAAGAGCUGGAGAACUAUAUCGCCGACUUUCAUGGCGCACCCAAGGGGCUUUUGUUCAAUUCCGGAUUCGACGCCAACGUCGGGGUGUUGUCGUCCAUCCCGCAGCCGGGGGAUCUGAUGGUGUACGAUGAACUCAUCCACGCCAGUGCCCGAGAAGGCAUGCGUUUGUCCCGGGCUGGAAAACGGUUCUCAUUUGCCCAUAGCUCGCCUGACAGCAUGGAGGAUGUGCUGCGUUCUCAGAUUGAACACGACCCACUGAUCCAGGAUGGGUCUCGGAAUGUGUUCAUUGCCAUAGAGUCUAUAUAUAGCAUGGACGGGGAUAUUGCCCCGAUACAGGAGUUCGUCCAGAUUGUGGAUCGGCUAUUACCCCGUGGGAACGGGUAUUUUAUCGUGGAUGAAGCGCACGCCACGGGUGCGUUUGGUCCCCGCGGGGCCGGUGUUGUGCAGGACUUGGGUUUGGAAGACCGCAUGUUUAUACGGGUUCAUACAUUUGGCAAGGCUCUGGCUAGCCAUGGAGCCAUUGUACUGUGCUGCCCGGACACUCGGGACUACUUGAUCAACUAUGCACGGAGCCUGAUCUACACCACCGCCCUGGGAUUUCCAUUUCUGGCUUCCAUUCGCACUGCGUAUGAGUUGCUGUCGGAGGGGGAAACUCAGCAUCGCAAACUGCAACAAUUGAUCCGAUAUCUCCGAACUCGACUGGGAGAGAUCGACUUCUGCGAUCCGGCAAUAUUCCAAGUGGAUCAUUUUCCGAGUUCGCCUAUAUUCUCUCUCCGCAGUCCUGUUCCCCGCGAACUGGCGGCUGUCUGCCAGCGAAGCGGGUUUGUUGUACGUGCUAUUAUGGCUCCGACUGUUCCUGCAGGCAAGGAGCGAGUACGGGUGUGUCUGCAUGCCGGGAACACCAUGGAGGAAAUCGACGGUCUGAUUCAGACAAUUGGGUACUGGCUGAAUCAGACUACGGAGAAGAGAACUGCUCGGCUAUGA